AUUACCUUACGAUCCAUACCGACAUGUGCAAACACCAAAGUAGACUGGGCCGCGCCACACCUUAUGGGCUUGGGACUUGUCCAAUCUCGGCUAGUGUCUCAGCAGGGUCGAACCUCCUCGGCUUGGGUUUCAGCCUGAGGUUUCUUAUCGUUACUUUACCGAGAGCUUCGUAACUUCUGCUCAUGCCACCUACCAACGUACAAUUCCCUGCCUGCUGCAUGUAUACUUCUCUGUGUGGAUUGUCUGCAUAUUCUGUCCGUUUAUGCCUUUAUCUCCAUGGGCUGCAGUUAUUUUAGCCGUCGUUGCAAUUGCUGCCAGGCUAUGGUUGCCCUUCCUUUUCAAACCUGAGUCUUCUCCGCAGGCUUCCCUGAUGGCUACUUCAGAACUUCAUUUGCGCUGGCAUCCCGAGCAGGCGUCUCCGAGCAUAGAAACACUUUUUGUGUUUUCAACAUCAUGGCUGAGGACCUUUCUUGCUGGACUUGCUCUAUGCUGGUUAUCCCUUCGGGCCUGGCAAGUCGUCUCGAAGCCCGCAGAAGAAUUGACGACGCUUCUAGGCCUGGAAGUACCCAGAGCUCCUGUGGUGUCACUCGCAGGUGUGAAGGCUGAUGGCGUUCUGCUACACUGGAAGACACUGGAACGGAACAUUGUUAAAUACAUUGUCAAGAUGAACGGAGUCGAAAGUAAAGAAUGGCCAUUGAUCAUAAGGACCAAUGCUAAUAUCCCGGCAGUUGGUAAUGUGUCUCAGCACGAGAAUGCCAUAAUCAUAUCCAAUCUACAGCCCGAUCGUAAUUACACCAUACGGAUUGUUGUACUGAAUAAUGUUGGAUUCCGAGCCUUCAGUACGCCAAUAAACGUUCGCACCCUAUCGAUAUCCUCCGGCGAAUACAUCAACGGUUCGCAGCAGAAGGAGGAGCCUCUGGUAGCAGAAGAUGAUGGAUACGCUCCAGCUCCAGUUGUACAAGCAUCUCGAGCCUUUUCUGAGGCAUUCUCGUCCACUACGCUACCUCCUGCUAUGACAAGAGAGCAUAGUAAUUCCAUUUCAAGGUCUAAGCGCAGCGAUACUGCCAGAUGUACUUCUGGUGAUGUACCGCUCACCAAAUCCAAGGAACCAGAGCAAAAAAUGCAGCAUCUACAAGAAAGGCUGGAAUGUCUGCGCAUGGACAUUGAAAGAGAGGAGAUGCAAAUAGAAAAGGAAGAUAGAGAGUUUGUCGCCACGAAAGAGACGUUGCAACAGCAAAAAGAUGAAAUUAUGAAAGUUUUGAAGGAAAGAUCGAAGAACAGCGAAGAUCUGAAGAAAGACGUGUCCCGUGUGGAGCGUGAACGUACGGCGGUGCUGACCAAGCGGGUUAACAAGGAAAGGCAGUUGAAAGAUGUGCAAAAACGGCGGCAAGACAUGAAGACUGACCUGGACACAUGGGAACGCGAGAUUUCCGAUGUUGCAGAAUCUAUACAGCGCCUGGCGGCCGAGAAAAUCGAAUAUCGAAUAUGCAGCGAAGCAAAACUAUUCGAAGCCAAUGUUAAAUAUGCAGAUGAGCAGGCUGUAAAUAAGCAGCUGGAAGAAGAGAUUCAGCAGAAAAGAGUUGCAGUCAAUCAAUUGGAGGAUGAGCAUAACCAUCUAGUGUCGAAUGAUGGCAUCAAGCACCAUAUGGACACGCGCGACCCUGGGGAAGUCGAGGCUGAUAUGCAGUGGCGUCUGCGUAUUCAGAAUCUUCAAUCUCGCUACACGCUGGCGUGGCAAAUGAUGCAGCAGGUGACAAGCAUUCAUCAGCAACAUCAAAUCAGGGCUCAAUGGUACGAACAACGAAGGGCAAGCCAGCCUCAUUUGUUUGGUUCUAGUUCGCCGGUCGAGGGACCUGCGAGAAGCGAUAGUUUUCAACGAAGACGAAGAGGACAAAGUAUUCGUAACGAACAGUCUACGUUACCGACAAACUAUAUGACUAGUGCACCAUCCUUCAAUGGUGCGAUCGCUGGCCUGUCUCCAUCAUUCUCUACCACAUCGCCAUUCUUGAACAUCAACAACGGCAUGACGUUGCCUCUGUCUUCACAUUCGCAUGGAGUAAUGUCUCCAGACCUCGAAAUGCUCACAGGAGGUGGACCUAUGAGCCCUACUGCGGGUGAUUUGCUUCCAAGAGGCUUAUUCGUCGAUGAUUCUGAAAGAAGUGUGGAUGGACGCAACUACAAACAUGCCCCAGAAGGAUCGCGUCCUAUCCUGCCCUUGCUUCCAGGUCUUGGGGCGCCACAGACAUUGGAGCAGUCAAGCCAGCAUCCAUCUGCUCAAGGGCCCAGCUCGCCUAUCUCAGUGAACAGCCGUCCAGCCAGCAUUUUUGCAAGCCCGAGAGAAAGCACGACGCAUCUAGCCCUCAAUUUUGUUACUAACGAUCUUGUCGACAGCGAUAAAAGAUCGAUUAGAUCGACAUCAAGCUCUCUGAGAAAUACUGGGACACGUUUCGGAAGCUUAUUCGGUUUCAAUAGACAACGAGGAAAGACUUGGGAUCAUGAUGGACCUGCUCUGGGCUCACUCAAGAAAGAUCAAACACAAUCGCUCCCACGUCAAGACAUCGAUCAAGAUCCGAUUGGUACGCCCCAACGUCGUGGUAGCCAUUCGAACAGCUGGGUAGACCAGAUGUCGAGUGCAUUCACACGAAAGCCUCCAUCAGUUGAAGCAGCUGAGUCAAGCAUCAAACAAAGUGCGCCUCGCCGUCGAGGCCUCAACAUGUUCGGCUUCAAAGGCGACGCAUUGAAUCCUUCUUCGCUGAGCCUGGAUCGGCCCGCGUCGCCACGGCCUGCUUCAAUCAAGGCAAGCGUACCGCUCCCAAGACCAUCCACUGAAAGCCAAAAUCGCUUUGGUUGGCCCAUUGAAGGCCUUUGGCAACAUAGAAACAGUCCAUUAGGUUCUGAAUGGGGUCUGCCUCCUCCAUCUACAACAUCGUGGUCACGGCACCCGUCACGUAGACCAUCCGUACAGUACGGGCAAUCAUCGAGUGGACGAAAUCGUGACUCAGGAGUGUUCGACGAUGGUAUAGCAGAGCUGUCUUCCCCCACAAUGUCGCCAAUCCAGGCUCCAAUCGGUACUCGACCUGCGUCUUCGCAGGCUCAGAUCCCUCCAACGCCACCCAAAGCCCUCAACCCGGCCGCACCGAACUUCAACAUCAGCCUUUUCUCGCGAGAUAAAACUAGAGCCGAGAAGAGCGCAGCGGACACUAAAGCCGAAAAGGCUGCUGAGAAAGCCGCCGCUAAAGCUGAGAAAGCCGCUGCGAAGGAAGAACGCGCCCUGCGCAAGAACAAAGAGAAGGAAAAGAAGGCACUUGAGAAAGAAGCCGCUGACAGGGCCAACGCAACCCCUACUCCCGCGACCAUCGAGCCUUCUAUCAGCAUCACAACACCCCACCUCCAUUCCUCUUCGCCUCCUGACGCCCGCUCCUCCCGCGAUAACCGCUCCUUCUCUACAGCUGAUGGCUCUCCGCGCAAUUCUCUUGACCGUGUUACCUCCCUGUCAGCUUCCACAACAGAUGCUCCCGCCUCUUCCAUUGGUAAGGAGUCCUUCAUGUCCAAGCUCUCACGCAAAUCCUCCAGUGGCAAGUUCAAUUUCCCGGGCUUCACAAGCAGUAAGGCCAAGAAGCAAUCUGGCACGAGUGAGGUCGGCACACCGGAUGAGAUUGAUGAGGAUAGUCAUGGUAUGCCGGGCUUCACCCCACGUAGCAUGGAGAGUGGGUUUGAGGGGCAUAAGAUCUCGAAUAGCCCCGCGCUAGGGGCGUCGAGCGGUAAGAGUAGUACGCUGAGUUGGAGUAGCCUAAAGAGGAUUGGAAAGAAGGGUGAUAAGACGCCGAGCCUGCAUGAGAGUGUCACGAGCGAGGGGGGCGCGACAACGGGAGACGAGGAUGAUGCUGUUGGGCUGGGGGUGAGUGGGUCUAUAUCGGAUAUGCGCGAGGCCUGACCGGCCGGUGAUGAAGUGAAAGACUCAUCAUGUAAUGAACUUGAAUAGCAUUAGUAUCGUGCAUACAUAGGUUGGUCAUUAAAGCCAUGCCUUGACGCUACAAGCUUGUACGCUCGCCAAGUGCCACUUGCCUGAGCUAGGGGUACGUCUCUCCAUUUGCUGUGUAUCUUCGUAGGGAUCAAAUCCUGCGCUACAAGUCCAGCGGCUCCAAUUUUUGCUAGCUCUCAAAGCGAGAUGUCUGACCAAGCCGAUCCUCCGACAGUGUUCUCAGGAUCUGAUCGUACCAUCUCGAAAUGCUAACUACAAUUGCAGUCCUGAAGAAGAACAAUCAACU